AUGACUGAGAAGCAGCAGUUCGUGGCCAGAGAGCAGCCGCCGCGUCCAGUCUCGUCCCGUCGACUGUGCUCGGCCGUGACGUUCUUCCCCUUGUACGCGACGGAGCGACUGCUCUCGUGUCUCGGGUACUCGUCGCCGUCCAUUCGCAUGCAGAGCGGUCGAACAAUCGCCGUUGGCUCAGAGGUCGCACAGGGGGGGUUCUCGUUCGUCUACGAGGCGAGGGACGCGAGGACGGGCACGACGUUCGCACUCAAGAGGAUCCCGUGCCACUCGCCCGAGCACGCGCAGCUCGCGCAGGCGGAGAUUCGAGCGCACGAGGCGUUUGCUCACCCGAAUCUGAUGCCGCUCGAGGACUAUGCGGUCGUGUCGACGGGAGCCCCGACGGUCGAGUACUACUUGCUGUUCCCGUUCAUGGAGAAUGGCACGCUGCGUGGACUGAUCGACACUGCGAUCAGUCAAGGCGUGCGCAUUCCAGAGGCGCAGAUUCUUGACCUGUUUCUCCAGAUCUGUCGAGCGGUCGCAGAGCUGCACUCGAAGUCGCCGCCGCUCGCCCAUCGAGAUAUCAAACCAGAGAACAUCAUGCUGUCAGACGAAGGGGAGCCAGUGCUGACGGACUUUGGGUCCGUCACGACGGCCGACGUGGUCAUCUCAAAGCGCUUCGAUGCUCUCGUGCUGCAAGAACUUGCUGCACAGCAGAGCUCGAUGGCGUAUCGAGCACCAGAACUCUAUGAUGUACCGGAUGACGCGCACGUUUCCAGCGCCACGGACGUGUGGUCACUGGGCUGUUUGCUGUACGCGAUGGCGUUCGGCUACUCUCCGUUUGAAUGCUCCUUCUACGACUCGGGCGUCGUGCGCGUUGUCGAGUGCACGUACUUGGCAGUGAUCGGACCGAUCAAGUUCCCCAAGAACUGCUCGUACUCGUCCAAGUUCUGCGACAUGAUCCGGUGGAUACUGACCCAAGACGCUUGUGCCCGACCGUCGGUCUUUCAAGUGAUUGAGCAGCUACACGACGGCGUGUAA